AUGGCCCAACUCCCUUACCCUGACUACAACACCCCCCACGCCGCCGCCACAUCACAUCCAACCAUCAACAUACUAAAACUUCUUUCCUACAGCACAGCAACAGCGCAUCACUGGACCGAACUAGGACAUGCCCAAUUCAAAAAUCUAAAACUCUCCAAUCGAGACCGCGAACUUGUCAUACUGUUAACCUCAUCCAAAUUCAACCCUGUCUACGAAUGGGCUCAUCGUCUUCCCCUGUCCCUUAAGGCCGGGGAUGAGAACUUCGAAGAUGAAAAGGUCGGGUUCAGUGAUAAAGAUCUUGUCCUACUUACUUUUGUCGAAACAAUUAUUCAACAGUCUGAAGUCGGGGAUCAGUUAUGGGAGCGUGUUAGAAGUGAAUUCUCGCAUAGGGAAAUUAUGGAAAUUAUUUCUCUUCAGGGUUUUUCCUACACAUUUUCGCGACUGAAUACUGUUCUUCAGAGCGACUUUGAUGAAUGGGCUAAGUCCAAGCUUUAA